AUGCCGCUCACCCAAGUCAAUCCCAACCAGUUUCAUAUACCCCAGAGUGCACCCAACUCUCCUUUAACGACCAAGACCGCACGACAACCGAAGGGACCGCCCGUAACACCGCAGCGGAUCUCGCGGAGUGCGCAUCAGCGUGAAAACAUCCUCAGGUCGCCGCUAACGCCCGCGAGCACGGCCUCAACCCCGUAUCAUUAUGCGCUGGACGGCGGUAACCGAUCCUUUGCGACGGAGUCUUCCAACGCAUCUAUACUCGUGACGCCUAUUCACUCGCAGUCCUUCGCUGGUGUUCGUACGGGAUUGAGCGUAUCGCCCGAAAUCCCAUUGGCGGUACACAGGAAGAACAAGAGUAUUGCGGAUGCAGCCGAGAAUUGGCGGACUCGAGCGUCGGAGAACGGCAUUAGAGUAGCGAGCGCUGAGUCUCAGUUCGGCGACGACGAAGAUGACGAAUAUGGAAGAACCGAAGGCAAUACACAUCGCCGUCGCUCCAGCGAAGACCAGCUCUUGCCUGCUCCGUUCAUGUCGACGCAGAGACGCUGCCGGUCGCAUUCAAUUUCUCAGACUCAAGCUCCGUCAACGCCAGAAUCGUAUCGUCCGAAGUCCACCAAUGCAAGGCAGGCUAUGAUAACGAGAACUCCCGAUCGCCGUUCGCUAUCCACCAUUUCAACUCUCAACACCCCGCCUCCAAAUGCAACGAUCAUUAGUAGGCUGAAGCAAAAGGGGAUUUCCACAGACCCAGUACCAAGAAAACGUAAUCUCACUCAAGUUCCUGCUGCGCACCUUUUCGAUAUUGAUGAAGAUGACUUCGGCAGUUCCGUAUCAUAUCAUCCGGAGCGCUAUUUCGAGCUGGAGUCCGUUGACAUGGGAUUCGACGACUCUAUGACUUCCAAUGACGCCGAUCCGUUCCAUGUCCCCCUCGCUCCCAUGAUAGAGCCCCAGUUCCAGGACCGUCAUCUGGACCCGCGUCUUCAUACCUUCUACGAUGUUGGUACCCUUGACUUGCAGCAUGGCAACGAGGAGCUGCCUGCCCCUCCUCUGGAUGAGCCCUCGUGCGCCGUGUGUGGCCUCGAGACGCGCAAGCUGGCGAUACUUGACCCCUGCGGGCAUGAAGUCUGUUCGGCUUGUUUGACCAGUGCUCUGAACAUCGUCGGAGAGAAGGACAUGCGGUGCGCCGUUUGUAACGAGGCUGUAGAAAACUUCCACCUCCAAGUGGGCAACACCUCUGGCGACACAUCUGGAACCCCAAGCAGCGCUACGUCCACGCCGCCCUCGCGCAGCAGAGCGACUAGCGGGACGCGGAGCAGGGUCCCGAGUGCCAAUCAUUCCAUUCUCCUGCCGAGCGCGUUCGACAAGUCCGCGACAUCGGAGAGGAAGGUUAGCAAUGGUGGUAGUAUAUAUGACCACGCUUCCCCUGCCCGUGGCGCUAUGACUUCCACUCCAGUGAUGGGAAGGCAGCUUCGCGGCGGAGAAUGCGUAGUCCUUCGGAUUGAUAAUGUCCCAUGGGACAUCACUCCGCCGCAGAUUCGCGCUUGGCUCAAGAACCCUGAGGUUGAGCGCGUCCAUGUGCUGCUUGAUCGCAAGGGCAAGACGCUCAGUCAUGCAUAUGUGGAGCUUUCCUCCGAAGAAAGCGCCAAGGCUGCCUUGAGGACCGCCCAGAACUCGGUGCUUGGCAAAGGCAAGCGGGCUCGCGGCGUCACCGUGACGAGGACCAGCCAGUCGGAAUUGAUGAAGGCGCUGUUCCCUGGUUGGCAAGGCCAUUUCGACGGGUGCCGACCAUCCCUGCAGGGCUUGGCAAAUGAGCAUAUUGUCGCAGCUCUUGAAAACGGGUUGAUCUCGGACGGCGAGCUUACCUCGUUAAUGCACCUGAUCCGUUCGCCAGAUUCUCACUUCCUCAAAGUGCCAUCGCUGCCCUUCCAUUCUUUGAUUAGCAUCCUGGCCAAGUUCCCUGCGGAUGUUGACAGCGCGGUUUUCUGGACAGCUGCACUGAGGGACAAACUCCAUGAGCUCGCUAUCACGGCGAUUCAUAUCUUGAACGAACGUGCCCAAGAUAACCCCAUGUCCGACUACCCCGAGUUGCUAUCGGAACUGAUCAUGACCGCUCUCCGAUGCAAGGCGUUCACUCCCCAGCAACUCCAGGAGGUUGUCAACGUGGGCGGGCCGACGACACAGAAGUUGCUCGAAUCAUCUGAUUUGUCCACCAAGCCCGUCCCUGCCGAUCCCGCUAUCAUCGCCGCGUACUCUGCGCCCCGCCAUCCUUCUGCUUCGUACGUCGUCUCCUCCAGCCCUGCCCAUCAACCGCGCCAGCGCAUUCCGAGCGCGCCAGUUCCGUACGCCGUUCCGACCCCCGAACGCCGUUACCGCCAACUAUCGCAGUCGCCGGAGAUCGCCUAUGCACGCGCGCUUCCGCGUGUGGUGCCCGAGCGCCGCUACCCGCAGAUCAGCCCCGAGCGCCAUUACGUGCACAUUAGCCCGGAGCGGCACUUCGUGCCCAAUGCGCCCCAGAACGUGCAUUACCCGCCGCUUCCUGUGCAGGGCAUGGCCAUCGACCAGCUUGCGCGCGAGUACGGGGUCGACUCCGGGCUCGUGCAGGCGCUGGCGGAAAGGCUCGAGAUGCUGUCUGGUCAUUAAGAUUCGCACGUUCAGGCUCGCAGCUCCUCUUCUGCAAGAUUGUCAGCGCAAUUGUUUCCUGUAUCAUUAUCAUGGACCUCACAACCCGCUCGGACGGAAUCUUUCUUGCACCCACUCAAGCCCCAAAGGCAUUUCUCCUCUCGACCUUUCUUUCACCUUCACGCUGUUACGAUAACCAUCGUCGCUCGGCGAGCGUAUAAUGCCCUCCAUGUUCAUCGACGCCGUCCAGAAUGUUCUCUUCGCAAUGGCUUUCUCCAUGCUGUCCCUCUUUCGCUGCGCUUCCCCGCUGUUCGUCGCUGCCCAUCGUCGUUAUGCUUUCCAGGAUCCGAAGACAAGACGCUCGAUCGUUUUUCCUUUCCCC